UAGUCUUAUGUAUCCCUACCUACUUUUAAUGACGGACGAGAAAGGGAAAAACUAACUUAUUGCAAAUAAAAUCGACGAAAUUUUUAACUUUACUAAACAUUCCUUAAACGAAAUCGAAUCACCCACUCGGGCAACGUUUAUGCAUUGUAAAAAUAUCAAGAAAAUGGAAAAGUUUUCAGCUCUUUGCGCAUAAAAAAGAUAUACAAAUUAUAAUGUAAAACAAACAACGGGCAACAAUAAAAAAUAUACGAAACUUUGUGCGAAGCGAUUAAAGAAAACAUACUCUAAUCUAAUAAAGAACCAGUGUUCCAACUAUAUCAAAAAAAAAAAAAACAAAAACUGAAUCUACAUCAAAAUAUAACGAGCAGAUACUGCUUCGAACGUCCAAUACCCUACUACAACGUAUUGAUGACCAAUGAACCGAAAAACAUUGUUGGCAGCAGCAACAACCGUAUGAAAUGAAAGAAGGAAUCAAUAGACGGAGUGACUGACUCAUUUUAUUUUUGCAGGCUUUUGUAACGACAAACGCACACUCACCGUUGGUCAGGUGCGUGUAGCAGGUUGGCAGACAGGGAGCUAUAAAGCACUCACUCUUCCCUCUUCAUUAUAAGGCUUUACAACUUCCUGUGCUGUGUGUGUUAUUUGCGACAAUACAGUCGGCCUCUCAAGUUAUUCGAUUGGGAGGUUUUGUUUGUUUCUGCUCCGCUGCAGUAUAGUAGCUCUGUUUAUAAAGCUACUACUUGCGGCAACGUUUUAUUUUUUUUAAUUCUAACAACUUCAAAUCAGGCAAAAAGCCAACAAAGGCACAUAUUUUUCCUUGGGGCCAAGAGUACAACCACCAUUUCGUCGUAUUCCAUUCAACCGGCCAAGGAAGACGAAAAUUACCACACACUACCAAAUCACACAGCAAGAAACCAGAAACAAAAACAACACGGCCUACUUAGAAAACUGCUAAAACGGAAAAGAAAAUCAUUGAAGAAAAGCAUAAGCGAACUGAAUAUUGUUUUGCCUGACAAGUUGUCCUACGUACGGUGUGGCUAAUACUCAUAAGAACGGAGGAAAGAUUGUAUUUUGUUGUUGUUCUGUUCGUGUUUAGGCCCUCUCUGAGUGGCGUCUCAUUUCGCCAACGAACCACCAACGCUAAAAAGCAAGCAGAAUAUACACGAAGGAAGGCAAGCAGUUUUGUUUAUGUCCUCUAUGCCUUUUGAACGCUAGACAUACCCUUCCCUAACCACUUUUACCCUUGACUAUAAUCUACUACGUAUCUAACUCCAACACAACACCUCUCGCAACGUCAACUUGCCAAUCAGUCACAAUGUCAACGGAUAAGAUCAAAGUUGCUGUCAGGGUGCGUCCCUUUAACCGCCGUGAAGUCGAACUUGGAACAAAAUGCAUCGUGGAAAUGGAUAAACAUCAGACCAUACUUCACAAUCCUCCAGCCAUCGACAAAAUAGAAAGCCGGAAACCGCCAAAGACUUUUGCAUUUGAUCAUUGCUUCUUUUCGCUGAAUCCUGACGAUGAAAAAUAUGCAUCGCAAGAAACUGUAUUUGAUUGUCUGGGUCGAGACAUUCUGGACAACGCAUUUCAGGGAUAUAAUGCCUGUAUAUUUGCAUAUGGACAGACAGGUUCCGGCAAAUCUUACACAAUGAUGGGCUCACAAGAGUCCAAAGGAAUUAUACCGCGCUUGUGUGACAACUUGUUCUCAGCCAUUGCCAACAAAACUACCCAAGACCUUAUGUACAAAGUUGAAGUGUCCUACAUGGAAAUCUACAAUGAGAAAGUACAUGACCUCUUAGAUCCGAAGCCAAACAAACAAUCGCUAAAAGUACGUGAGCACAAUGUCAUGGGACCCUAUGUCGACGGUCUAUCGCAGCUGGCCGUUGCCUCCUACAUGGACAUUGAUAAUUUGAUGACCGAGGGCAACAAGUCGCGUACAGUGGCCGCAACGAAUAUGAAUGCCGAAUCGUCGAGAUCUCAUGCUGUGUUUUCGGUGGUCUUAACACAGAUACUGACAGAUCAAGCAUCGGGAGUUACGGGUGAAAAAGUAUCGCGAAUGUCCCUUGUCGAUUUAGCCGGUUCGGAAAGAGCCGUUAAAACCGGUGCUGUGGGAGAUCGACUCAAGGAAGGCUCAAAUAUAAACAAAUCACUUACAACACUUGGUUUGGUCAUCUCUAAGUUGGCCGAUCAGUCCAAUGGAAAGAAGGGUGGGAAUGACAAAUUCGUGCCCUAUAGGGAUUCAGUGUUGACUUGGCUUUUAAAAGACAAUUUGGGAGGCAACUCUAAAACUGUUAUGGUUGCGACUAUUUCGCCUUCUGCGGACAAUUUCGAAGAAACUCUUUCUACACUACGGUAUGCAGACCGUGCCAAGCGCAUUGUCAACCACGCCGUUGUUAAUGAAGAUCCAAAUGCCCGUAUAAUUCGCGAAUUGCGCCAUGAGGUUGAAACACUACGAAAUAUGCUUAAGCAUGCCACUGGAUCGCCGGUGGGCGACAUCAAUGAUAAACUGGCGGAGAGCGAAAACCUAAUGAAGCAGAUCUCACAAACCUGGGAAGAGAAACUAGUUACUACUGAGCGCAUUCAAAAUGAGCGCCAACAGGCACUGGAGAAAAUGGGCAUAAGUGUCCAAGCCAGUGGUAUAAUGGUGGAGAAGAAUAAGUAUUACUUGGUUAAUCUAAACGCAGAUCCGUCCCUUAAUGAGUUGUUAGUUUACUACCUUAAAGAAAGGACUCUGAUUGGCGGACACACCAUGAGUGGUCCUCAGCCUGACAUACAGCUAUCCGGCCUGGGCAUUCAGCCAGAACACUGCGUCAUCACCAUUGUGGAUGGUGGUCUCUUUUUAGAACCAUUCCCAGGUGCACGAUGUUUUGUGAAUGGCACGGCAGUCGUAGAUAAAGUGCCGCUCCACAAUGGCGAUCGCAUCUUGUGGGGCAAUCACCACUUCUUCCGCGUUAACUGCCCUAAAUCGGCAACCGCAAACCUGAGCUCUGAGCCACAAACUCCAGCCCAACUAAUUGACUACAACUUUGCUCGCGACGAAAUCAUGCAGAACGAGCUGAGCAACGACCCUAUUCAGACAGCUAUAGCAAGACUGGAGAAGCAGCAUGAGGAGGACAAACAAGUUGCUUUAGAGAAACAACGACAGGAAUACGAACGUCAAUUCCAACAAUUGCGCAACAUUCUUUCGCCCAGCACACCUUAUGCUCCCUACACUCCUUAUGACCCACUGCGCUUGGGUAAAAUAACACCCAACACGCCUACUUCCCAGAUGCGCGUGGAGAAGUGGGCGCAGGAACGCGACGAAAUGUUUAAGCGUUCAUUGGGACAGUUGAAGAAUGACAUCAUGAGAGCCAAUGCUUUAGUCCAAGAAGCCAAUUUCCUUGCCGAAGAAAUGGAAAAGAAAACUAAAUUUUCCGUAACUCUUCAAAUACCACCAGCCAAUCUUAGCCCUAACAGGAGGAGAGGCGCUUUCGUCAGUGAACCGGCAAUUUUGGUAAAGCGGACGAAUUCUGGCAGCCAGAUCUGGAGUAUGGAAAAGUUGGAAAAUAAGCUAAUAGAUAUGCGUGAAAUGUAUCAGGAACACAAGGAACGCAUUCUUAAUGGAUUGCCUCUUAUUGAGACAUUCUCAGAUGAGGAAGAUUCGGACGAGGAAAAUGAGAGCUCCAAGUCCUUGGAUCCAUUUUACGAGUCUCAGGAAAACCACAACUUGAUCGGCGUGGCCAACAUCUUCCUGGAGGUCCUGUUCCACGACGUCAAACUGGACUAUCACACACCGAUAAUAAGCCAGCAAGGUGAAGUUGCUGGCCGACUUCAAGUCGAAAUACAACGCAUCGCUGGACAAAUGCCGCAAGAUCGAAUGUGUGAGUCGAUAUCGGAGUCAUCGUCCGAUUCGCGUGAUGAUUACGAUGAUGCUCCGGACCCAAUGGCAAAUCAGAUAACUUGUCGGGUGACAAUUAAAUGUGCCUCUGGUUUGCCUUUGUCGCUGUCGAAUUUUGUGUUCUGUCAAUAUACUUUCUGGGGCCACUCGGAAAUGGUAGUUCCCGUCCUCAAUGCUGAGGCAACGACCAGAGAUCAAAAUAUGGUCUUUAGGUUUGACCACACGAAUGACUUCACGGUAACAAUAAAUGAGGAGUUCCUUGAGCAUUGUAUAGAAGGGGCUCUGUCAAUCGAGGUCUGGGGACAUAGAAGUGCCGGGUUUUCAAAGUCGAAAGGAUGGGAAGUGGAGCAGCAACAAGCCAAAGCUCGCUCACUAGUAGAUCGCUGGGCAGAAUUGUCGCGUAAAAUUGAAUUGUGGGUAGAGAUUCACGAAUUGAAUGAUAACGGAGAAUACGGACCAGUUGAAGUCAGUAACCCUAACGAGGUGCUCACUGGCGGUAUUUAUCAGUUGCGGCAAGGACAACAGCGCCGCGUCCAUGUCCGAGUUAAGCCAGUCCAAAAUUCCGGUACAUUGCCGAUAAUCUGUCAGUCUAUCGUGAACAUAUCGAUCGGAAGCGUGAGUGUGCGUUCACGUCUGCAACGGGCAUUGGAUUCGUACCAAGAGGAAGACCUGACAAUUCUGCGAGAGAAGUGGAGUGAAGCUCUGGGUAGAAGACGCCAAUAUUUAGAUCAACAAAUUCAAAAGCUUAUUAAAAAGGAGGACAAGACAGAGGAGGAACGGGAGCGUGAACUGAGCCUGGUUCACCAAUGGGUUUCUCUAACAGAGGAGCGUAAUGCAGUAUUAGUCCCAGCUCCUGGGUCCGGAAUCCCCGGGGCACCGGCUUCUUGGGACCCACCUUCCGGAAUGGAGCCACAUGUCCCUGUUUUAUUCCUUAACCUCAACGCUGACGACCUCUCGGCACAGAACACCAACGAUGAGUUCUCUAUAGCUGGCAUUAACUCGAUACUAUCCAAGGAACAUGGCCACAAAUUCUACACACUGCAAAUUCUGCAGCACCUGGACAAAGAUGUUUGUGCCAUUGCCAGUUGGGACUCAUCUAUGCAUGACAGUCCUGCUCUCAACCGGGUUACGGAAGCCAAUGAGAGAGUGUACUUGAUCUUACGAACAACAGUGCGUCUGUCGCAUCCCGCUCCCAUGGACUUGGUUCUCCGAAAACGCCUUUGCAUUAAUAUCAAAAAAGGACCAAGCAUAACGGAUCGUCUCAAAAAGUUCCGUCUCGUUAGAAUGGAUGCGACUAUUCCCAGCACAGGAGUCACAUACGAAGUUGUGUCGAACAUACCGAAGGCAUCUGAAGAAUUGGAGGACCGCGAAUCUCUAGCCCAACUGGCAGCAAGUGGUGACGACUGUUCGGCGAGUGAUGGCGAAACGUAUAUAGAGAAAUAUACACGUGGUGUCUCAGCAGUUGAGAGUAUUCUGACCCUGGACCGUUUGAGGCAGAACGUGGCUGUCAAAGAACUGGAAACGGCACAUGGCCAGCCACUGUCCAUACGCAAGACUGUCAGUGUGCCCAACUUCUCGCAGAUUAUGGGCUUUGACGCAUCUAUGGAGUCACUUUUGAAUGUGGGUCGAUCCGAAUCAUUUGUGGAUUUAAAUCAAUCUCUUGGAUGCAAAUUUAUGCCACAAGUGCAAACAACGCCCGUUGGAAUGCGAGAUUUCAACACUCGCUCUCGCCACAGUUUCGGAGGAAAAGGAAGCAACGACGACUCUCCCGGCAAGCCAUUUGGAAUUGCUCGUCCAACAUUCUUAAAUUUGAAUUUGAAUUCAAAUUCGCUAAGAACACAGCCAACAAAACCAUCGCCGGCUACAAGCAAAUUGAUGGGCAUGCGUAUGACCACACUGCACGAAGAGCCUUUAGGCGGUCAUCGUUCAUUGGCCGAAGAACCCGAGGACAGCUUGAGUGACUCGGACUAUAACCACGAUUAUGAUUUGGAGAAACAGCAACGACUGAACAAUAGCUACCACCAGACACCGCGAUCGCGACUUACGUCAUCUAAAACAAUGGACUCCUUUAUGGAUGUAAGUUCGCAUUCGAACCACAGCUAUUUGAGCUACACCUCAAACGCGAACACAAACUUGAAGCAUUUGACAGGCUUAGCAACGCCAAGUAUGAGCUCUUCAACCUCUAGUGGUUACGGUUCACAGGCCGUGUCUUGCACUAACCUAACCAAUGACGAUAUCACGUCCAUGCGUUCUAUGAGCAUUGAUGAGACUCCAGAUUUUGAUCGCAUCAAUUCCAAUUCUCCACCCAAUCGUGCUGCAAUUCACCGUGUAAAUCCAUUCCUUAAAGACAUGCCAAAUGCGUCGAAUGGAACUCAGAACGCAGAAACGGGUUUUAGCAGCAAUCAAUUGCAUGAACAGCAACCCAAAUCGCAGGUCACCGUUGCCAAUGAUUGUGGUACACUUCAGCAGCCAAAUGAAGCGGAUACGCCGUCAGCCGUGAGUAAUAAUCAAGAGAAUAUGCAACAACGUGAUAUGGGCGAAAUGAACCAGAAAACUGACCUUUAUAAUUCUGCUACUGACGAAUUAAAUGAACCAGAAGGCGAACACGAGAUUGCAGAUUUUAAAAAUGAAAACAUACGCAAUAUCGUGGACGACAACAACAAAACGAAUGUUAUGCCAAAUAACAACAACGACACUUCACCUUUGCCCAACAACACAGACAAUCAGAAUGGGAACGAAGUCAUAGGCGAAGGCACUGGAGUGGUAAAAACUCCACUUCCAGCGGGGAAAGUUGUGAGAAGAAAGAAGACACCCCCUCAGGGUGGCGGCAAUGGCAAUGAAACAUCUAACGGAACAACUCUAAAUAAUAAUCGCACAAACACUAUGCAAAGAAUGUCGAUUGCGAAGAUGGAAGGAUUGGCCAAUAAUACAUCUAAUGACUAUCUCAAUAUGACAUCAAUGAGCGCCAGCAUGGAAAUAGAAGACGAAAGCAAACAUGUCGAUUUAACCCUUCCGGAUUGGGUCACAAUUGGCGAAUCUGUCCUGAUUCGGCCCUACAAUACAAGUGGAGUGAUCUCCUAUGUCGGCACUACACACUUUCAGGCCGGAACUUGGAUUGGCGUGGAACUUGACACCCCGACAGGAAAAAAUGAUGGCACCGUGCAGGGCAUUCAAUAUUUCCACUGCAAACCGAAGCAUGGUAUAUUCGUGCGAUUUGACAAAUUAAUACUUGACAAACGUGGCAAGGCAAUGAGAGCAUAUAAAGCAGAAAAGAGCAGUAAAGAGACAACGCCAUUGCCGCGCUCUAAAAGCCGAGGCGAAUCGCUAAGCUCGCUGAGUGGCGCCGGUGGACGAAAAUGAUUAUUUCCGAAGUGUUCGCAUCAAAUGCAGAGAUGGGCCAACAUUACAAGUGCAAGGCAACAUUACACAACCCCGACAACACCAAAUGCAAUAUCCGUGCCAAACCAAAAGCACCAACCCCCCCAUAUGCGCCGAACUACAUCUGUCGCAGCAGAACCAACACCACCCCCCAUUUCCACUAAGCGCACAUGUUCCAUAAUGCGAAUGUCAACAUAUGAUGCGAACACGUCUAAUGCGAAAAAAACGAAUCGACGCUCGACGGCAUUUUGAAGGAGACCAGGUGAAAUCAAAGUUAUCGUUUGCAAAUGCCGUUCGAUGCAGUCACUUAAUAUAGCUAUGAGACUCCAAAAACAAUGAAACACACACAUACACACAAAGCAUAGGAAAUCAGAACGAGUAUAAACAAAUCUCUAUCUAGAAUAGUUGGCUUUAUAUGAGAACAAAAUCAGCUUCCUUCAAGCGAAAACUUGUCCUUUUUGUAUGUUUCUGUUGUACUAGGAUUAAACACAAAUAAUGUAAAUCAUUACACUAGCUUAGGUGGCACUUUCUCCAGAAAUGGAAGGCAGCUUAUCUAUACGGAUACUGCAGUCGAGUAAACGCGUUCCCUUUGCUUUUUAUGUCAACUUCGGUCAUGUUUGAAGCACACCAACCCCUUCCCCCGAUUUCAAGCAUUCAAACAACGACGACAGUUGCAACUCGUAUUGUAUAAACAUUUAGGCGUGGUGGCAUUUCAUUUAAGGUUAUUAGUGAGGUAGACAAUUUUGUAUAUUUUAUUUAGAGCUUUUAAUAGAUACGAUGAUAACGAACGCUGACAUAGACAGAUUUUUAUCAGUGCAAAAGGCCCCCGACAAACAGUUAAGCUUUCAGUUGAAGAACACAAUUUCAUAGUUUUAAUUACAUUUUAUGUUUCCUUAUAAUUAUUAUUAUUAUUAUUUGCUGCUUGUUUAUUGAUUGUAAGUCUUCUAACUAUGUAAUUUUACUUUACAUACAAUCAUUGUGAUGCUUUUAUUUUGUGUUAUUUUAAAUUCCAUUUGUGUUAAGUAUUCCCUUUUGUUUAAGCAACGAAUUAGCCAGUUGUUAGCCAACAUUCUGACAGCGAUGUCAAUUUUUGAAAGCCGUCGUUUCUUGACGUGAUCCUUUAAAAUCAUGAAACUUCGGUACUUUCUACUCCAUCGUAGUAAAACAAUCAAUUCCUCCAGGUAUUUGAAAAAUCCUGAAUACGAUACAGGAUGGAGCAAAUCAAAUCAAAUUUUCAUGGACAUUGUAAAACAUGUUAUGCAUAUAAAGUAUUUUAUUAUACACACAUAUAUAAAUAUAUAUAUCUAUUAGUUUUACGAUCGACCGAAUACAUCAAUGUGUAAUUACUUUUUAAUUAUCAUUUGCAACAAAAUGCUGUAAACUAAACAAAUGUAUAAAAUUUAAUGUGAUCUGAAGUCAAGACAAAAAGUGUUGACUUAAAAAAGGACUCUUUUAAUUUUGCAAUAAAACUAUUCAAAUUUUAAUUUUUUUUCAAGUGCAA